AAAAAUAUAAUUUCAACAAUUUAUGGCAUAACCAACUCCAAGAAUUAUAAAAGAGACUUAAAAUUUAGCCAAAGAUAAGGUAUAAGGAAUAGAUGUGACUCCAGAUCCUUAAAAUUUUAAACAUUUUUUUGUAAUAAUAGUCGGGCCUCCUAAUACACCAUAUGAAGGAGGUGUAUUCGAUAUUGAAUUACUCUUACCUGAUGAUUAUCCUAUGGUAGUUUAAUUUAGAUUAUAUUUAUAGUCACCACCUAAAUGUGUUUUUAAUACUAAGAUUUAUCAUCCAAAUAUUGAUAAUUUAGGAAGAAUCUGCUUAGAUGUAUUAAAAGAUAAAUGGUCACCAGCAUUAUAAAUAAGAUCAAUUUUGCUAUCUAUCUAGGUGUUAUUGAGCUCACCAAAUCCAGUAUGAUUUGUAAUAAAUAAUUUUAAGGAUGAUCCAUUAAAUAAUGAAGCUGCUAAUUUAUGGAAAUCUAAUGAAGCUUAAGCUUUAAUAAAAGCAAGAGAAUAUACAUUAAAAUAUGCUAAAAAACAUUGA